AUGUCACGUAAUCCUGAUGAUCAUGAAAACAACAAAAAUGUUCAAGCAAAUGAUACACAAAGUUUUAUUGUGUUUGUUCAACCAACAUCUAAUAGAGAAUUAGGAACUAAAAAUUCCCAAUCAGGUGAAAAAUCAUCCAAAGAUGAAGCAAAGAAAAAGAAGAAUAAAUGUCGAGGCAAUCGUAAGCUGCAACGUUACAAAGCAAAACUUCGCAAACGGGGAUUCAAUAAUGAAGCAAUAACAGCAUUGAUCAACAAUUAUAAUCAAGCGAAUCAAGAUCAAAAUGUUGUACAAGAAUCUACUAUUCCAAAUAUAAAUAGAGAACAUCUAGUACCUAUAGAUAAUCAGCGAACAAAUAACCAACAGGAGACUUCUGACAAAGGAAAUAUUCAAGAAAAUGUACGAACAACAAAACGUAAACGUGCAACAAAAUCAAACAAUAUUACGGAAUCAUUAAGUCAAAUAUCAAUUUCAAAUAUAGUUCGAAAACGACCACGUUCAAAAACUAUGGAUAAUAUUCAAGAACAACAGGAAUUGAAUGAAACAACGUCAGAUUGGAAGCCGAAAUAUUUAAAAUUAUCGGAUCAAAUAUUUAAACAAAUGUUAUCGAAAUCCUUAUCUGAUGCGGACAAAUUUGUACAAUUAUUGGAUACAUCUGAAAAACUGAAAUAUGUUCGUACCUAUGCACAUUUACUCAAUAAUGUGUUUUAUUUAAAAUUGGAAGAAUCUUUCUGGGAACAUUACAAACAAGUAUGCAUCUCUGAAUCGAUCUGGUCUUCACCAAUGUUGAAAAAUAUUGCUAAAGAAAACAAUUUAUUUCGAUUUAAAUUUAAAACUCAAGUUCAAUUGGAAAAACAUUAUCAACUGAUUCAAAAACGACUUCGAACAACUGAAAAUAAUUUAAAUCAAUAUAAACAACAACCAAUUCAUGAAUCAAUCGAUAUCAAUACACUAUCAACAAUUAUGACUGCAUUUGUUCGUCAAGGUCAACAUAAAUUAUGUGCAGAGUUUGAACGAAAAAAACUUAUAUUACAAUUUGAUGCCAUUGAUCAUCGUUUAAUUAAAACAUUUUAUAAUUUAAAUCCCACUGAUGAUCAAAUUCGUUCAGCUAAAAUUAUUUGGCAAGCUGCACAAAGUAAACUACAUGCUGAAGAACAAUUAGCCAUUCUCAAACAACGUAUCUAUACGAAACGAUUGCCAUCAUCAUUGAAUAUUCUCGAUCAUUCCAUCGAUAAUGUUGAACAUCUACUCAAACAAUCCAUAAUCAAUCGAGAUAAAUCUGCUACAUUAUCAUUUCGUCGACUUAAAACUAUUGCUCAAUUUAAAUACGAUAUAAUGACAUUGGAAAUGACAACAGUUGAAGAAAUAAUUCGAAGUCACGUGAAUAUUAUUGCUGAUGAAAAGAAGAAACUAAUCGAUUCUGCUGGUGGACAACAAUAUGGUUCAACGAUCUCAAUGCAUUUUGAAGAAAAAAAUAUCGGUUUUCGACGACGCUCCGAUGACAAUAAACAUGGCUGGUGCCGUCGGAGCAAAGUAAGAAAUAACUUCAGUCAUAUUUUUCCAUCAUCGCCCAUCGUUGAAGUAGCUUCUUCUCUAACGUCUAAACAUUAUACAUAUCUUACAAAUGGUCCAAAAUAUGUACCGCCAUGUCAAAGUCGCUUUCGAAAUCAAAAUAUUGACAAAAUUAUUCAACGAGAACAUAACAGUAUUGUACAAAGUUUUAAAACUGGUUUAACAAACAACUGCAUAUCUUAUUCUGAUCAACGUACAAAAGAUUUCUUUACAGCUGUAGAAAAUCUUCUUCGCCGAUUAUAUACUACACCAUUACCAUCAAAAUUAUUGGCACGUACUCAAUAUGAAUCUCGAUUAAUAAGAAAUACUCGGCAUCAUAUUAAAAAGUCCAAUAUUAUUAUACGACCUACGGAUAAAAGUAAAGUACUACAUCUUGGUAGUGUACAUGAUUAUCAUCGAAAAGCAUUACAAUACAUGUCUGAAACAAAUGCUUACAACGAAAUAACAAGCGGUAUUAAUCCAUGUCAAAAUCAUUUACAAAUGGUUUUAACUUUAAUUGAUCCAAUGUUAAAGAAUAAAGAUAUUAAUCUUCAAUUAUGGAAACAAUAUAUGCGACCAAAUGCAGCAACAAUUGAAUUGGCUCAUCUAUAUUUUAUACCAAAGCCUCAUAAAAUUGGUACACCAUUAAGACCGAUUGUUUCAUCAAUUAAAGCAGCAGCAACUGGUGUUUCACAUUUCUUAGAUAUUUUACUUCGUCCUAUGUUUAAUCAAGUAACAAAAGCAACUACAUUUAUCAAUGGUAUUGAUUUUGUUCGACAAAUUGAAAAUUAUCGAAAUAGUGGUCGACUCUUACCAACAACAUUAUUUGUAACAUUUGAUAUUACUAAUCUUUAUACGAUGAUACCUCGUCAUGGUGCUAUUGCUGCUUUACAAAAGUUUUUAUCGAAACAUGCAGAUAAUCGUCGAAUUCAUGGAAUGACCAUUGAUACUAUAACUCGACUUGCUCGUCUUGUCUUAGAUACCAACUGUUUCGUCUAUAACAAUAAAUAUUAUCAACAAAUUCGUGGUGGUGCCAUGGGAUCACCAUUUACAAUGACAUUAGCUAAUGUUUAUAUGUGGGAAUGGGAACAAACAUUGUUAGAAUAUCAACGAUCACACAAUGAAAUGUAUGGUCGUUAUAUUGAUGAUAUUUUUAUGACUACAAAUUUAUCAUUUGAUGAAAUCAAUACUCGACUUAUUGAAGCCAAUCAACAAGAUGAAAAUAUUCGUCUGACUCAUACAAUUAGUUCAAAAGUGGAAUAUCUCGAUGUUCUAGUCGAAAAUGAUAAUGGACAAUUGAAAACAUCAGUCUAUCACAAAUUAGCAGCUGAACCAUAUAUUUUACCAUUCUCAUCGGAUCAUCCACGACAUGUACAUCGUAGUACGAUUAAUGGAAGACUAAUUCGUGCAAUACGUCUAUGUUCCCAUUUAGAUGACUUUGAUAAAGAACGUAUUAACAUUGAAUUUACUUUAUUAUUAAAUGGUUAUCCGCCAAAAUUUAUCAAUUAUAAUUUUAACAAAUUCUUUCAAAAACAUAAUGUUUUAUCUGUAAUGGAAAAUCUUGAUAAUAUCAUGUAUGAACAAUUACAUCGAACACUUUUAUAUCAACCAACAAUUAAAGAAAGACAACAACACCAACACGAACAACAGCAACAGAAUAUUCAAUCAAAGGACCUUUUUAUUCAUUAUACUUUUGAAUCUGGCCCUCUGGUAAAUUUCACCAAAGAAUUAAAACAUUUAUGGAAUGAACAUUAUAUUAAUAAGAAUCCAAUUAAGCAAAAUAUUCGUCUACGAUUUGGUACAAAAAGUAAUAAAAAUUUAUGUCAACUACUCGUGAAGAAGAAACCAUCCAAAUCACUGUUACGAGAUGUUAUAUCAAGUGAUUAA